UCUCUAGUCUCCAUCUGCAAGGCCGACGAGGUGGGUUACUCCGCCAUUUUCGCGCACGGGGAGUGCCAGCUGCAGUCGCGCGAGACCGGCGACGUCGUCGCGCGCAUCCCAUCCUAUCACGGACUCUAUCAGAUUGUAUCUUGCACCAACGACGAAAUGGCGCUGAGCACGCGCCCGGCCAAGCACGGGCCGCUCACCAUCAGCGUGAUGGAUCUCCACCGCACCAUGGGACAUAUCUCGCUGCGCACCGCCCGCGACAUGGUCAAGCGCGGUCACACGGACGGCAUCGCGCUGUCGGAUGCGGACAUCUUGGCACAAUGCAAGACCUGUGUCCAGGCGAAGCUCACACACAAGGCGAUCCCAGACACCGCGCAUGGGAGCGCGCAUGACAUCCCCGUGACGGCCUACGGCGACAAACUGCACUCCGACGUCUGGGAUGCCGGUGAGGCUUCCCUUGGGGGCGACCACAAAGCCGUUGUCUUCAUCGAC